AUGCUCAUUUCUCUCCGUGUGAAGAAUAAGAUUGGAUUUGUUGAUGGCUCGAUUCCACAACCUCUUGAUGGUGAUCCUCAGUUUCAUCUCUAUAAAUGCAAUGACAAAGUCGUUGCAUCGUGGCUUUUGAACUCAGUUUCAAAAUAUCUCACCGCCAGCAUCAUCUACUCCUCCAGUGCGGCAACGAUUUGGAAUGAACUUCAGGAACUUUUUCUGCAAAACAAUGGUCCAUGCUUGUUUCAAUUACGCAAGGAUUUCAUCACCUUCACUAAGGAGGAACUCGUUAAAUUCCUCCCUAUUCAUCAGUGUGUCUGUGGAGGUGUCAACCCUCUGAUUGAUCACAUCAAUCGUGAGUAUGUUCUCAUGUUCUUGCUCGGGUUGAAUGAAAUGUUCAAUCUGAUUCGCAACCAGAUCUUACUCAUGGAUCCCUUACCUUCGACUAGUCGUGUUUUCUCAUUGGUAAUUCAAGAAGAGAAGCAACGUGUUGUUAAUGUUAUUACCAGUGAGAACACUGAAACCCUAACUUAUGCUGUAAAUGAUUCCAAUGGUGCCAAGUCCAAGAAUGGGAAGAAGGAUAGGCCUAUGUGUUCUAAUUAUGGUGUCCUUGGCCACAUCAAAGAUAAGUGUUUCAAGCUCCAUGGUUAUCCACCUGGAUACAAAAAGGGCAGAGUGUUCACUGCUUCAUAA